CUCACUGAAUUAAUGAUAAUAUAAAUUUGAUAAGCUAAGUGAUGAUAAAACAAUUUAUCUAGAAAUUUUUUUGUUUGUUUAAUAUGGAUGAGACAUUUCUAUUUAAAGACAAUAAAACCUUGUUUGUAUUAACAACGGAAGUUGCUUUUUAUGAGAAUUUAAAACUUAAAAAUAAUCAAUAAAAAACAUUUUGCAUUUUCAUUGUUCGGUCUUGAACUACACAUGUCAGCGCGAAAUUUUUUUUUUCAAGCUUUUGACGUCAAAGUGCCUAGUAAUGAAAGUCAUUAUACUUCUUUUUUAAGGUGCUAUGAUAAAAGUGUCAGGAACAACUGUAGCGACGAUGAUGUGGAAAAGUUUCUUGUUGCUGCUUAUCGGAUUUACUUCUGUUCAAUUAUCAGAAGCAUACAUUUCAUAUUUCACUUGUGAUUUCCAAAACGAAUCAACCUGCAAUGUUCACAACAUCACUCCGAUCAUAAUUGAAAAUCAAUCAAUUAAAAUGUGGGGUUAUGCUGAAAAUUAUGAAAAUACUUUAAUAAGUUCAUUAAUUUUUGAUGCACAUAAUGAAGUUAAUUUCAUUCCAUCAACAAUAUUUCGGAUAUUUCCAAAUCUUCAAGUAAUUCAAAUGAGUAAUGUUUCAAUGACUAAAUUAACGAGUGAUGCAUUCAUUUAUUGUAAUAAUCUUACUACAAUAUCAGUAACAUUCAAUAAUUUCACAACAAUUCCAUCAAAAUUUGCAUACAGGUGUAAAAAUUUAGACAAAAUUUCAUUUAAUUAUGAUCAAAUUGUUGCAAUAGAUGAAAACGCAUUAAGUGGAUUGAAAAAUCUUAAAGUUUUGGAUUUAAGUUGUAAUAAAAUUUCUUGCAUUCCAUCAAAAUUAUUUGAAAGCUCGUUACAAAUUGAAAAUAUUUCAUUCAAAAACAAUGAAAUUAAGGUUCUUGAUGAAGAUUUAUUUGGAAAGUUAAAGGCAAUAAAAAUUAUUAAUUUAGAUGGUAAUAAGAUUGCUUUUAUACCAAUAAUGAGUUUUGAUCAAAGUGCAUUAAUGAAUUCAUUAAAUUUAAUUUUAAAUGAUAAUCCAUUGUACGCAAUAGAGCCAAAAUUUAUAGAAGUUUUUUUCGAAGCCGAAGGUACUCAGUCGAGUAUAAACUUUACAAUUACAAAUAAUGAAGGAAUUUGCAUUCCAAGAGAAUUUGAACAUCAAGUGGUUCAAAAAAUAAAUUUUAAAUCUGCUGGUGAUGCAUUGUCAGCAUGCUAUGCUCAUUGGUCAAGUGACAUGUCAAAAAUUAAAAGUUUAUGUAUCGCAUCAGAGUCAAAUAAUGCAAGCGAUUUAAAGUUUUUGGAGCAAAAUCAUAACAGUUGUAAAGUCUCAGCAGUUUGUCGCUUUUACAUAAGUUAUUUAAACCAGUACACAUGUGUAAUUGAAUACAUUGAUUCUAGUAGUUCUUAUAUUAGUGGAAAACAUAUUUCUGAAACAUUCAGCGAUAAUGAUGUAAUAAGUGUUUUCAUUACUAAUUCAGUGUUAAAUACAAUUCCUUCUAUUAUUUUUGAAAAAUUCCCUAAUUUGGAAUUUUUAACAAUUAGCAACAGUACAAUGACUUUUAUUCAUGAGCGCACAAUUACGAAGUGUGAAAAUUUAAAAUAUUUGGAUGUCAGUGACAAUAAUAUUAUGCAUAUUUCAAAAUAUGCUUUUAGGAUGUGCCAAAAUUUGCAGAUUAUUGAUUUAAGUGAGAAUCCAAUUGAAUAUUUCGACAUUCAGCAUAUUCGAAGAUUGAAGCGAGUUUAUUUGAAUAAGAAGUCUUUGUUUGAACAAGAACGUAAUUUUGUUUGAACUGUUAGAUGAACUCAGUCACUUCCGUCUCAACCGAAUUCAAUUGUAUUCAGAACAAUAUUGUGAAAAUUAUCAAAUAUUUGUUUUCGUGUUUUAAACACUUGAAUUUUGAUUGUCAAUAAAUAAUUACAACAACAAGCGUUAUUUAAUUUCCCGUAAUCAGUUUAGAUCUGUUACAUCUUAAAAAAGAAACUAAGAAAAACUUCAAUUGAAGAGGGAGAAAUGAAAGUUUAAUAAAAAGGUAUUAAGUAAUAAACAAAGCUUAUUCUAUUGUCUAUAUUUCUUUCCAGAUGAUUUACUUUCAUAUUCAUCUACUGCUACU